AUGUCCAUGGAUGUCACUGGAAGUCCAAGCGACUCGUUGAUUAACGAUGAUAGAAUCAACAACUACACCAGUCCGAUCGUCGCGUUUCUUCAGCAAGAAGACUCGACUACAAGAAGAGAUCCAUUGUACAUCGUUCUACCUAUCACGGUGAUCUACGCGGUGAUCUUCUUCACUGGCUUGAUCGGAAAUGUCGCCACGUGCGUGGUGAUCGCGCGUAACAAGUCGAUGCACACCGCUACCAACUACUAUCUGUUCAGCCUGGCGGUGUCUGAUUUACUGCUGCUGAUAUCUGGCCUGCCCCCGGAGAUGUACUACAUCUGGUCCCAUUUCCCGUACGUGUUCGGCGAGGCGUUCUGCAUUAUUCAAAGUUUCGCUGCGGAGACGUCUGCGAAUGCCACCGUGCUAACCAUCACUGCGUUCACCGUUGAAAGGUACGUCGCGAUCUGUCAUCCUUUCAUCUCGCACACGAUGUCGAAGCUGUCCCGCGCGGUGAAGUUCGUCAUAGUGAUCUGGGUGCUGGCACUUUGCCUAGCUGCGCCUCAAGCUGUUCAGUUCCGUGUCGUUUACGACUACAACAAGAACGGCACGGUGAACUUGGACAGUGCACAUUGCUCGAUGAAAUGGACCUUGAUCGAACAUUCCUUCGAGAUAUCCACGAUGCUGUUCUUCGUCGUCCCGAUGACUAUCAUUACCGUACUCUACAUACUGAUCGCGAUCAAAUUAAGGAGGUCCAGGCUGUUGACCGCCAGCACCAAGAGGAAUCACUUACCGGGUGGAUUGAAUCACUCUGACAGCGGCAGAGGGAAAACCGCAGCACAAAAGAACGUGAUACGGAUGUUAGUUGCAGUAGUAGUGGCGUUCUUCAUCUGCUGGGCACCUUUCCACGCCCAAAGGCUGUUGGCUGUCUACGCGCGAAGUCGCAAGCCUGUACCGGAAAAAGCGUUAGUAGUAGUCUACACCACUCUCACGUACGUGUCAGGGGUGUUUUAUUACCUUUCGACAACAGUGAACCCCCUGCUCUACAACAUCAUGUCCAACAAAUUUAGGGAGGCUUUCAAGUCGAUGCUGUCGAAUCACUGCGGCCGGAAGUGGUCCUCGGGGGGACCUGUACCUCGACGACCGACCUACAGCAGCCUGUCGCGGUACUCCAGGUCCACGUUCAAGCAAACAGACGAUCGUCAGAAUUCGCCGUCAAUCUCUGUCAGUGACGACAAUCAAAAGUUGACGAACGUCUCGCGGCCAACGAACGCGACCGAGAUGAACGGAUUAACGGAACGAAAGAACCACGAGCAGAACAGUCGACUUGGCUCGAGGGUGAACAGGAUGAAUAAACGGGAAUUCGGGAGAAGUAUAUCGAGAGGAUCGAACUCGAGCCAGUUGACGCUGAUGACGUCGAUCAGCAAGAGUUACAACGAGGGUAACAACAACGUUGCGGCCGCUUGCGUGAACGAAUGCCUGUUGAAGAUCCAGAGACCACCUAGAUCUGUUGGAAUUCUAGCGGAAAGAUUGAGACUUGGAACGAAAGGACUGUUUUCGCCGCAACAGAAGAUCGCAACCAGUCCAUCCGCGAAACCGGAAGUCAUGACAGCUCUAUCGCCGCAGUUUCAAAGUCAUCCGAGCAUCGAGAGCGCAAACACCAUCAGCAACUCGAGUCUGCAGGAUUUCGACGAGACAGAGUUCACCGGCACAGAAUUGGCGCGAUACAUGGGCGAAUUGAACUGUGAUUUGAUCACCUGA